CGGUCAAGGGGGACGGCGGGGGCGGUCGGGAGGUGCGGAGGAUCGGCGGGGACGGCGACGCGGGGGUCAGCAUGCGGAUCGACCCGGACUUGCUCGACUGCUCCAUCUGCUUCGAGCCCCUCUGCCCUCCCCUCUACCAGUGCCAAAACGGCCACGUAGCAUGCUUUUCCUGCUGGUCAAGGCUCAGCAACAAGUGCCACGUUUGUUCUCACGAUGCUAUCUUUGCGCGAAACAUUGCGCUGGAGAAGAUCGUCGAGUCCAUCAAGUCCUCCUGUGCAUAUGCCAAGUGGGGCUGCUGCAACCUGGUUAGCUAUGCGCAGAGAAGCACCCACGAAGAAGCCUGCCUCUUUGCCCCUUCGACAUGCCCUAUUCCUGGUUGUGGAUAUAGAGGCUUCACUGGAUGUUGGUCAGGUCACUUCCUUGUCGACCAUAGUGCUGAUUGCUUGCAUUUCGUCUAUGGCCAGCCCUUUGAAGUGAAUCUGGAGGUGUCCCUGCCUUUUCUAGUUCUUCUUGGAGAGGACGAUCACCUCUUCCUGCUUCUGAACAAGAACAUGAUGCCCUUCGGGCACGCAUUUACGGUGGUUUGUCUGAGGACCGGUAAUCUGAAUUGGAAAUUCUCCUACGAAAUUAUAACAGCUAGUGGAGGGAACCCUGAAAACUCCCUGCAGCUGAAGGCUUCUGUCACAAAUACAAAGGAGUGGGGUGGCAUGCACCCUGCAGAAGCAUUUCUUCUGGUUCCAUAUGAUUUCUGCAGUUCUACCAGCCUAACGCUCCAUGUCGCUGUUGCAAGGUCUGCCUCUGUAUGAUGUGGAUCUGUCCACAUGUCGGCCACUGUCCCCGCUGCGCCGCCUUCCCGGACGAAUGCCCUCUCCUCCCACCGGUUGGUCAUGGAGGAGAACACAUGCGCCACAUACAGCGACGGUGGCCAUUCCACGAGUCCCAAGGUGUCCUUCGCCUCCUUGGCCUGGAGGUGCUCACGUCGGCCCGCUCUUGAACACCACCGUGGUUCGUUGUCGGUGUACAACCAGUCCUCCCCGUCGUCUUCGUCGCUGUCGAUAUGAGGCGGCGCCGCACUGUCCGCGAAGAAGAGUCGCGCCACG